AUGGUAAUGGGUCUUUAUGAGCGUGUAUUUUUUAUUAUCUUGUUAAUCUGUUAUUUAAGCUGUGUCAAACCUAUUUGUCUCUUGAUGGUAAUCUCUGCAGUCAAAGCUCGAUUUAGUAAUACUUUUGGGAGAAGCCAAAUUGUAUUACUAUUACUAAAUCAAAUGUAUUUUUUCUUACUCCGCAUGUUUUUUAGCAAUAUUGCAGAUUUGCUUUAUGUGACUGCGAAUAAAAGUGCUGAAAAAAAUAUUACUAAAUCGAGCUUUGACUGCAGUCCCUGUAAUUCAAAUCCCUGUUGUGUAAUGGUUGGUUUACACUUUCUGGAGAUUGUUAACUUGCCCGGUUCAUUAGCAAGAAGGAGCCAGUGUUUGGUCGUGGAGGCUGUUCUUCACUCAAUUGUGAUGUGUAUACCACAAAAGUCAUUCCGAGCGAACACUCUCACAGUAUCCACUUUUCCAUAUAUUCAGAUAUUAACCAUAAAAAAUCUCGAAUACUUCAUUGUAAACUCUUCUGAUAGCUUUGGCCCCUUUAUCGUUACAUUUGAUUAUGAAUUGUGA